GGUCUUUAAAAGUUAUUAUGAAUGUUUUUAACAGAGAAGUAAAUUAUGAAUCCAAAGAAACCAAGAAUACUGGAGUGAACAAAGUUAUAAUAUUGGCUUUUGCCAAAAAUGUUUGCGAAAGCCACACAAAUCUUCAAAUUCUUAUAGAAAAAACAAAGCUAAACAAUUUAAAGUUUUACCUUGCUGCAGAUCUUAAAUUAUGCAACAUAGUUUUGGGUUUGUCAGGACAUGGGGGAAAAUAUUCGUGUUUAUUUUGUGAUGGUGAUAAAACUAAUCUUGGAGAACUGAGAACCUUUAAUAUGCUUAAGAACACGUAUAAAAACUUUGCUGAAAGUGGAUUUAAAAAAAGCUCUAUGCAACUCUAUAAGAAUGUUAUACAUCCAUGUCUCCUGGUUGAGUCUGGAGAGAUGUAUGUGCUUGAUGUCAUCCCUCCUCCAGAACUUCAUUUAAUGAUGAAGAUUAUAACAGAAAUUUCAAACGUCUUCUGUAAGGAACCUGAUGUUGCUCUUUGGUUAAAAAAGCAUGGAAUUAUUUGGCAUGGGUAUAAUGGAGGUGGACUGGAUGGUAGAAAUCCUAACAAAAUACGAAAGCUUUUGCCAGAUUUGAAAAGAUUUAUCUUAGAUAACUUUUCUUAUUAUUAUCCAGUUGUUGAACUGUUAAAGUCUUUUUCUUCAGUAGUAAACAUGUGUUUCGGAAUGAAACUCCAUGACAGUUAUGCUGAUGCCAUUGCAACAUAUAUAAGAAAGUUAAAAGAAAACCAAGAGUAUGUGAAGACUACAUUCAACCACAAUCUUUCUAUGGGAUGGAAAGGUCAUAAAAUUGAACACCAUCAUGUCAUGUUUUUAAAUAGAACUAAGCUGCCAUUGGGAGUAUUUUCUGAACAAUGUUCUGAAUCUGUUCAUCAUAAUAUGUUGAAAACACUGAGCAGAUUCUCAACUUCAGAGUUCAGAGAGAACCAUGGAGAGCUUCUUAGAAAGGCAAUAGUUGAAUAUUCAAGUCAUAGAAUUUAAGUUUUUUCUUUCCUAUUGAUUACAUAAUUAUACAUAUCUUGUAUAUUAUAUAGUUUUGAAGAUUACAUUAAAUCAGUAUAUAUUAUGGAUUAUAUUAUACUG